UCAGUCCACAGCCCCGUCCGAUCCUUUCCACCAAUCCACCCUGCCACCUCGGCUCCCACCGCGCCCUGUUCCUUCCGCCGUACCGCACAGGACGAGGACCACCACCACCUCGCUUUCCAUUCCACCCGACCCUGUUCGCUUUCGCUUCGCCUCGUUCGCGGGUCGCGACGCGAGCAGCGGAGGCGCAACAGGCGGCAAACGUCCCGGGGCGGUGCCGGCAGCCAAGCCAAGCCAAGCCGCCUCGGUCUCUCCGGCCGACAGUGAUUCGGCGGCCAAACCUACCAGCAGCCACCAAAAAUUGGCGGACGACUCCUCAGAUCGCGUCACAUGCUGGGGUGGGCAGGCUGGUCUUAGUAGAUAGAGAAGGGAAAAAAAAUAGUGCGUCGUUUUUACUAUACUUUUCUGUGGGAUUUGGUUCGUUCGCUCGCCGAUCCCCGUAAUUAAGUAGUCGGUUAUGUAGCGUGUGCCGUUGGGCUCUCCGGUGCCUGCUCGAUUUUGCUUGCAGCGACGACAAGGGAAGGCGGAGAGGUGGAGGAGGGAGCAAUGGGCGGGGCGGAGGACGCGCCGCGCGCGGCGGCGGCGAACGGGCACGGGAAUGGGGCCACCGUGGAGGAGAAGCUGGACGAGCUGCGGCGCCUGCUGGGCAAGGCCGACGGCGACCCGCUCCGGAUCGUCGGCGUCGGCGCCGGGGCCUGGGGGAGCGUCUUCUGCGCGCUGAUGCAGGACGCGUACGGACACCUCCGCGACAAGGUGCAGGUCCGCAUCUGGCGCCGCCCGGGCCGCGCCGUCGACCGCGCCACCGCCGAGCACCUCUUCGAGGUCAUCAACGCCCGGGAGGACGUCCUCCGCCGCCUGAUCCGCCGCUGCGCCUACCUCAAGUACGUCGAGGGCCGCCUCGGCGACCGCACCCUCUACGCCGACGAGAUACUCAGGGACGGCUUCUGCCUCAACAUGAUCGACACGCCGCUCUGCCCGCUCAAGGUCGUCACCAACCUCCAGGAGGCCGUCUGGGACGCCGACAUUGUCAUCAACGGGCUGCCGUCCACGGACACCAGGGAAGUCUUCGGGGAGAUUGGGAGGUACUGGAAGGAGAGGAUUACUGCCCCCAUCAUCCUCUCUCUGGCCAAAGGGAUAGAGGCCUCCCUGGAUCCCCUGCCACGGAUCAUAACUCCCACACAGAUGAUUAGCAAUGCAACGGGGGUUCCAUUGGAAAACAUUCUUUAUCUUGGAGGCCCUAACAUUGCUUCAGAAAUUUACAAUAAAGAAUAUGCAAAUGCUCGUAUAUGUGGAGCUGACAAAUGGAGAAAACCUCUUGCUAAAUUUUUGAGGCAGCCUCAUUUUAUUGUAUGGGAUAAUAGUGAUCUCAUUACACAUGAAGUCAUGGGAGGUUUGAAAAAUGUGUAUGCCAUUGGUGCCGGUAUGGUGGCAGCUCUAACAAAUGAGAGUGCAACCAGCAAAUCCGUUUACUUUGCUCUUUGCACAUCUGAAAUGAUUUACAUAACCCACCUUUUGGAAGAAGAGCCUGAAAAACUUGCUGGGCCAUUAUUGGCUGACACUUAUGUCACAUUGCUGAAGGGUCGUAAUGCAUGGUAUGGGCAGAAACUAGCUAAAGGUGAACUGACACUAGAGAUGGGUGACAGCAUAAAAGGCAAAGGAACCAUUCAGGGUGUCUCUGCAGUCAAUGCAUUUUAUGAACUCCUGAGUCAGGAUAGCUUAAGCGUAAUGCAUCCUGAAGCCAACAGAUCUGUUGCACCGGUUGAGAUGUGCCCAAUCCUGAAGGCACUGUACAAAAUUUUGAUCAAGAGGGAACUUCCUCCUGAUUCGAUCCUUCAGGCCAUAAGAGAUGAAACAAUGUAUGAUCCACGUGAAAGAAUUGAGAUGGCGCAGGGCCAUUCACUUUACCGGCCAUCUCUUCUUGGUCAACCUAAAGGAGAUGCCAAAGCUUAGGCAGUUCUUCCUUUUUUUUUUGGUGCUAGAUAUCCUGUAAGCUCUGUGUGCUAUUAUGCUUGCUGCUGCUGCUGUUGUUGUAACACUAGUGAGUUCCAGCAAGGGACCAAGAUCUCAGUUGAUUGCUUCAAGACUUGUUGAGCUUGUUAUGUAGUUUGAUUUGUUAAACGCCUGAAAUGUGUACAUAGACGUUGUUUUGUGUGAUCCAAUAAUAAAAUAUGCAAAAGGUAAUGUUCAAAAUA